AUGGGGACUUUAACCGCAGACUGCCCACGUCUUGAUACACACUGUCCGCACAAGCUUGCCACAAGCUGCCGAUUAACCUCAACACCGAAUUGCUGCGCUUGUGCCGACGAGAGAGUGCAUUCGCGGACAUAUCGCGUGUACAUUGACGGAGUAGGCUUUGUGAACCAAGGGACAAGGUGGCAAGGCUACUGCUGGUUCUGCAAAGAAUUUUGGACUAAUCGCCUUGCCGCUACCGACCCUCCUCUCGAGAUCUCUCAGACACGCAUACCCGAGAUACCUGACCAGACCGAGUUUCUAGAACGAUGGUGGGAGUUUCACCAAGGAUAUCGCAUCGCAAAACUUCCGGAUGGUACUGAGCAACACAUGCCUGUAAUGGGGGAACCGUUCAGGGAGGUCAGCCCUGGCUUUCUUCCGCGUACAUUGGAUCAGUUAAGGGCGGGUGUAGAGAACGAUGCCAGCAGACAAGAGAACAGGCUCCAGAGAAGACGAUUGUCCUCCGAGGAAGAGCGACCGGAGCAGCCACAUCAAAGUCUAGAAGAUGCGCUAGACAGUCUUCUACAAGAGGUGGAGGAAGUCUCCAACACUGAGCCUGCGGCACCGACGGAACCACGAGCUUCGGUAACACCUCAGAUACAAGAAGACCCAUCAGAGCCCCCACGACCGAUGACGCGACGACAAGCACAACAGCAACGCCGACGAGAACACUUCGCACGCGUUUUCGGCUCCCGCGAGGAUGUAGAACAGGACGACUACGAGUCGCCGCUUACACAAAUGUACACACGAGCGUUCGACCGCCAACGUCAGGCCGACCAGCGGCGAGCAGAUGGUACGGACACCGCGCCUCCGCUCGAUGGUCUGUCACCACAAGAUCGUCGAGAGAUUGAAGAACAGUUGUUAUGGGGUGUGAUGCGAGAGUCGCAGUCACUAUCAGAGAGUCUAGAGCCAGCGAGCCAAGUCUGGAGUUAUGCACCCCGGUGGCAAAACGUUCAGGACGCGGACUACGCUGUAUUGGAAGGAUACGAAGCUUAUCGAGUGCAAAACGAUGGUCUUGCACAGCCCAUGUCAGCCAAUCCUGAGACUGGCUCUAACAUUACAACAGCCAUCCCUGGAUUACUCUCCCAGUUGCACUCUUUUGGGGUGGAAGACAUGUCUGAUGCACCAAACCCUGAACUAGUAAUGAACGAAAUGCGCACUAUGCGCCUUGAAAGUCGUUUUGCAGAGGCGCGUGCAUUCCUGCGCGCUGCCCGUCCGCCGUCACCUCCGCCCUUGUCGCUUGACAAUCAGCCCGACCGGCCAGCCCCAAAGACAGAAGAGGAGAUGACAAAAGUACUAGCAUGCCAAGUGUGCUAUCAGCAGGUCGCUGAUAUAGCUGUGCUACCUUGCGGCCAUAUGGUCAUGUGUCAAUGGUGCGCUGAUGUGGUUGUUCCUAUCAAACAUGGACACAUACCGACGCGGCCGACCAAGUGUCCUAUGUGCAGGAAGCAGGUAAAGCAGAGGUUCAAGAUACAUACCGGAUAA